AUGAUCAAGGCCGAGGAGAACGCAGUGGUCGAACUGUUCAUGUCUGGGGUUCGAGGCCGUCUGAAGGCCAACUCGGCCCUGCUGCUGCUGCUGCUGCUGCUGCUGCUGGCCUGGGUGACGGUGAUGUCGGCCACCUCGCCGCCGCCGACCAGCGCCGACUGGGAGAGCCGGCUGCAGUUCUGGCGGGUGACCCAGCUGACGGCCGCUGGCCGCUGCGUCAUCCACGACUGCAGCGAGCUGGCGUCGCUCGGCGCCGGCGCCAGCGGGCGGUACACCAUGCUGCUGGCGCCGGGCGAGGAGCCAGUGCAAGUGUACUGCGACAUGGAGACGGCCGGCGGCGGCUGGACCGUAUUCCAGCGGCGCCAGGACGACCCCGAGCAGCUUGACUUCUACCGCGACUGGCAGAGCUACCGCGACGGCUUCGGCAACGUCUCCGGCCAGUUCUGGCUCGGUAACGAGCUGCUGCACAGGCUCACUGCCCGCCGUCCUCAGGAGCUGCGCAUUGACCUGGAGGACUUUGAGGGGGGCCACCGCUUCGCUCAGUACGGCUCGUUCAGCGUCUCGGACGAGGCGGACCAGUACCGGCUCCAGCUGUCGGACUUCUCGGGCGACGCUGGCCACUCCAUGCCUAGGCAAAAUGGACAGCAAUUCAGCACCAGAGACAGGGACAACGAUGCCCAUUCCAACAGCUGUGCACGGACUUACAAAGGUGCGUGGUGGUACGAACAGUGCCAUGAUUCAAACCUGAAUGGCCUGUACUUGAGAGGAUCACACCCGGAUGGGCAGUACGGCGGAAUGGUCACCUGGAAAUUCUGGAAGGGACAGCGCUAUUCGCUCAAGUUCACCGAAAUGAAGACAAGACCAGCAGGUUACGCACCACUUUAA